AUGGCUGGCGUCCCGGGACAGGGACAGCCGUGCGCCACUGCCCCACCCAAUCUCGUCGAGCCAGCCAUGCUGGGCAAACCGAUCAAUACUUCGGCUCGGUCGCGAAGGAAACCGAGGAAAACCGACCCGACACAAUGUCCGUCGAUAAAGAGGAAUUGGUACAGCGUGCAAAACUCGCCGAGCAGGCAGAGAGGUACGAUGAUAUGGCAGCCGCGAUGAAAGCAGUUACCGAAACGGGAGUCGAGUUAUCGAACGAGGAGAGGAACUUGUUGUCUGUAGCGUACAAGAAUGUCGUUGGCGCUAGACGUAGCUCGUGGCGAGUCAUCUCCUCCAUUGAACAGAAAACCGAAGGUUCCGAGCGCAAACAGCAGAUGGCCAAGGAGUAUAGGGAAAAGGUCGAGAAGGAGCUACGUGAAAUCUGUUACGACGUAUUGGUAAGAAUC